GCCAUUUUGGUCUCAAGACCAAGAAAUGGCUCAGCUUGCUGAUGAAAUAAAGCCAUUACCUGUACCUUCUCCUGUCAAUUACCUCUUAACCAAUAACAGUAACAAGACCAACAAUUUCAGGUAUUAAAAUAUCACAAUUUUGUUCAAAAAUAUACUGAAACUAAUAUGAAAUUCAAUAAAAUAGGCCAGACCAUCAUUUUAAAUAUUGCACACAAAAAAAAAGGAUUUAAUUUCUUAGUCAUGUAGGCUUCAUCAGUCAUUGUCAUUAUCACUAAUUAUCAAACUGAUCAAUCAUCAUCUAUCUUUCUCCUUUUUCAUCUAUCAUCAUCAAUUAACGACAAUGCAAUUAAUUAAUACAUUUAGUUCAAAUCAUAAGUCAUAAUUAUUAAUACCAAUCUUUCUUUAAAUUCUCUUGAUUGUUUAAAAAAAUAGUUAAUAUUUAAUCAGACAGGCUCAGACUUGAAUCUUGAUCAGGCAUCAGGGCUUAUAUAAUAUAGUUAUAAGUUAUAGGCUACUUUGUUACACUAGUUUGAUGUAGCUGUAGAGAACUCAAUUAGAGCAGUGUUUCACAACUUUUAAGUUUUGCAGACCAAUAAAUAAGUUGCCAACUGCACCAAGGAUCUGUACCAGUGACCAGUGUAUCAGAUUUAUUAUUUUUAUCUUUUAUUUGCCUCUAAAUCUAAAUUUGUCAAAAAAUAUAUUUUGAUCUUGGCUUAGAGUCUAAGUUAGACUUAGCAGACUUAUAAAACUAAUUACUAAUACUACUAAUACUAUAUAAAUUAUGAUCAACAUUUCUAGUUAAAAGAAUAUUAUUAUAACCAAAUUCUUUUAAUUACAUUGGGGAUAUAAAAAUUGAUAUAGAUAAUAAGGUUUCUCAUUUCCUGGUGUUUUGCUUAUUCCUGAAAAACCAUACAAAAUUCACUCUCAUCACCAAAUAAAAUUAAUUCAAUUAAAAAUAUAUUAUAAACUGAAUCAAACUAUUGAAAGAGUUGGAUUGUAUAAUAAAAUUGUUAUAGUCUGAAAUCUAUGUUAAGUAAGAAUUUGGUCACUCUGAACUGAGUUGCUUCAGUUUCCCUUGCUUAGCCCCAAUAAUAAUAAUAGAUAAAUAGCUAUAAAUAUGCUUGUUGAAGCAAAAAUUGUGAAUGACAGCCUGUCGAAAAAAACAUUCAAACUGUAUAUAGGUUAAGCAUUGUUUACAGGUCGCAAAUUCUAGUUUCUAAUCAAUCACUAAUUAUUUACCAGCAAAUGUUUUGAUAUCUUGUAACUAGGGGAAUCAUUUCGAAUAUUAAAAAAACACAAUUUAAUAUGUUAAUACAUGAGUCUAUAUAAGCCUAUGUAUAUGUCUCACUAGGUUGAUUUUAAAAGUAAAAAAAACCACUAAAUAGUAUGAAGGUAGUUUGACACACAAAGAGCCUGGAGUUACUAGCGCACAGCUUUCAAGCCCAUGCGACCUCAAAUGGGUUGUGAAAGGAAUUCUGUGCAAUGGCCGGUUGAAACAAAAAUUUAGCAACAAUUUCAAAUCAUUGCAUUAAAUAUGUAUUUAAUUACAAGUAUAUUUUACUGAAAAAUCUAGUUUAUAUAUGUUUUGAUUUCUGUGAAUGUACCUUAAUUAAAAGUCCAUUUUCAAUAUAUAAGGGUGUGUAACACACCUCUACUCUGACAUGGCGUGGGAUGUUAUUUCUUAUGCUGUGGGUUAUGUCAGUAGUAUGGUUACUUAUAUUAACGCUUCAGGAUGCCGACUCAGUCUUCUUCAUUCUUUCACUUAUUAUUCAGGCACGUAAAGAAGAAUACUCAAUUCUAGUUAAAACUCACAGUACUUUAUUGAACACACUUUAUAUUGAUAAUAUUAAUAAAUAAUCCUUGCAUGAAUGUAAUUUCACAUAUAUAUCUAUAGUAUUCCAUCAUUAAGAAAAACACGUCCUCAUACUUCUACAACUCAGCUCAACUGUCUAAUCUCACAGCUCUCACGCUACUGACUCUCUUGCUCUGCGCUCAGCUCUCUACUAUCUCAGUCAACUCAUACUUUAUUACCAGCAAAGCGUGGAAAACAACCGCUCUGACAAAAACAUAAUUUUACUCUCCAAAAACGUGGAGUUCACAUUUGCAUCUCAAAAUACAUGGUCAACACAAUUCACUGUUCACUCAUGCUACCUCUCUGUUUUCAUGUGAAAACAUAGUCCGUUACAUGCCCCACCCAUCUGAAAAAAUUUUGUGCAACAAAAUUUUUGGCAUUAUAUGUUGAAAUAAUGAUAAUGUCUCUUAGAAAAUUUCAAUGCCACAUCUAACAAUCAAAUCAGUGUAACAACAUUAACAUUUCAUCAUUAUGAAAUACAGAGUCUUUUACUGUUAAUAUCACACAUAAUAGUGAAUAAUUUACCCUGGCAAAAAAUUAAAAAAUCACCAAUGACAACCUCUUAAAAUCUUUAUGUAUGAUAAUGUGAAGUGACAUUAACAUCUUAAUGAAUAAUAAACACUGCAAAAUGAAUGUAACAAUCUUAAAUUUUGCAUUAGAAAAUUUACAAUUGGUUAAAAUCUGAUAUUCAUUUACAAAAAUUGAUAUGUACAAGUGUCUUAUCAAAAAACUGAGUGAACGUAUGUGUGUAUAUUCAUUUAGAAUGUCUGACUAAUGUGUCUUAAGUCAGUGUCUUUGUCAUUGUCUGCAUGUUCAAUGUGUCUGGAAAGGAAAUCAGCUACUGUAUUGUCUUUUCCUUUUAUUGUCCUUAUCUCAUACUGAUAAUCUAAUAGUAUCAACGACCAUCUGUUUAUUUUACUAUUCGCUAUUUUCUUUCUAUUUAGUGCCAUUAAUGGCUUGUGAUCAGUCAAUAAUGUAAAUUUUCUGCCUAAUAGAUAUUUCUGUAGUUUGGUAAGUGCCCACACAAUUGCUAAGCAUUCUUUUUCAAUAGUUGAGUAGUUAAUUUCAGUUCUGCUUAGUGCUCUACUUAAAUAGGUAAUUGGUCUUAAUUUAUGAUUGUAUUCUUGCAUAAGGCAAGCUCCUAAUCCAAUGUUGGAGGCGUCUGUAACUAGAGUGAAAGACUGUUUAAAAUUGGGUGAUAACAAUAUGUUGUCACUUUGGAAAAUUUCUUUGAUUGUUCUCAGUGUAUUUUCGCAUUCAUCCGUCCAUACUAUUUGUUUCUUGCUAUCUUUAUUUAUUAGUUUCCUUAAGGGUAGUGUAACAUCAGAAAAUUUUGGAACAAAAGUGCUGUAAAAAUUGCACAAACCUAAAAUGGCUUUUACUUCUUUCUGAGUGUGUGGUGUUUUUAUAUUUAGUAUUUUUCCUCUGUUGUGUUCUGUGGGCUGAAUUGUGUUUUUACCGACUUUAAAUCCUAAAAAUUCAAUGUCCUCUUGUGCAAACUUUAAUUUGUUUGGUGCUAUUGUAACUCCAUGUGCUCUUAAUUUGUUUAGUACUGUUUUUAUAGUCUCUAUAUGUGUCUUCAUAUCCUUAGUGUGAAUGCAGAUAUCAUCGACAAAAUGUACUACAUUUGGUAUGCCUUCUAACAUGAUUCGCAUGAAUCGAGAAAAUGUUGCGGUGGAAUUAACUAGACCAAAUGGCAUUACUGUCCAUUCGAACAAGCCUUCCUCUGUGGCAAAUGCAGUCAAAGGCAUGGAAUCCGGAUGCAUGCCUAUUUGCCAGAAUCCUCUGUUUAAAUCUAAGUGGGUGAAUAAUGUGGAGGAGCCUAUUUCUUCCAGUAGUUCUCUGGUGUCCCUCAUGGGUUCUGCAUCUAAUUGUGUGAUUUUAUUUAACUCCCUAUAGUCACAACAUAUACGGCACUGGCCAUUUUUCUUUUUUACUACUACCAUGGGUGAUGCUAUUGGUGAAUCUGAUCUUUUAAUCUUGUUAGUCUGUAUUAAAUGAUUUAGUUCUUUCUUUACUUCUUCCCUAAAUGCAUAUGGAAUUGGAUAGAUUUUGUGUUUGAAUGUGGGUUCCUGUGUUAAUAUUAUCUUGUGUUCUAAACUGCUAGUGUGUCCUAUGUUCUCUGUGAUGACAUCUUUGUAUUCUUUUAGAAUUGUUGUUAAGUGUCUGUUUGUUGUGGUGUUAUUUUCAUUGUCUUCUAAUUGUAUAACACUAGCAACGGUGGCUGUGCUACUUAUUUCAUUACUGAUGGUUUCUAACUCUUCAGGAACAGAGUCAUAUUUUCUGAGCAAGUCCACAUGUAGGACUUUCAAUUCACCCUUCAUGUGAAUUACAUAAUCAACUAAAUUUAACUUGUCAUGAAUUGUAAACGGACCCUGCCAAAUCUUUUGUCCAUUAUUGUUUGGCAACCAUACCAAAACUUUAUCAUGUACUUUAAGAUCUCUGAGGUAUCUAUGUGUAUUCUUUAUAUGUCUUUGUCUUUUAGACUCCCUAUCAGUGUUUUCUUUAGCAUUUUCUAUGCCAUACGUUAUCCUCUCUCUGAUUUUUGUAAUUAUGUCAAAGGUGUCUUGUUGUGUGCCUUUCUGGCCUAAAAUAUUUUCUUUAAACAGAGUUAAAGGUCCCUUUGGAUUGGCCCCAAACAUUAGCUCAAAUGGAGAGUACCCAGUGGUGUCUUGUAUACUCUCUCUAUAGGCGAAUAAAACCAUGGGUAUAUAUAGGUGCCAUUCUCUAGGGUGGUCUAUUGUUGUUUUAUUUAACAUUGUUUUUAGUGUUUUGUUCCAUCGUUCUACCAUACCAUUAGCCUGUGGUCUAUAUAUUGUGGAAUGUACUUGUAUUAUACCUAGCAUUUUUGUAACUGCAUUGGUUAAGUUGGAAGUAAACUGUGUUCCAUUAUCUGACAAUAUUUUAUCAGGGAACCCAUGUCUUGUAAAUACAUCUAAUAAUGCCAUGCAAAUUGUUUCUGAAUUAAUGUUUUUGAGGGGAAUUGCCUCUGGCCAUCUAGAUGCCAUAUCAAUCAUGGUUAAAAUAAAUUUGUGUCCCUUAUUUGAUGGUGGAUUAAGAGGACCAAUGAUAUCUAUAGCUACCUUCUCAAAGUUUCUACCUAUUUUGUCUGUGGGUUGUAUGGGUGCUCUGUGUUUACUGUGUAUUGGGUUUUUUGUCAGACAUGGUAUGCAUUUGUUUAUGUGUUUCUUUAUGUCCUUGUGUAUGCCUGGCCAAUAAAAAUUCUGUGUGACCCUUUCUAAUGUUUUUUUUAUACCCAUGUGUCCAGCCAAAGGACUGUCAUGUGCAUGGUUGAGUAUUUUGUUUCUGAGUAUUAAUGGUACUAUUAUUUGAGAUUUUUUGAUUUCACCUUUCUCAAAAUUUCUGAUUAGAAUAUUAUGUUUUAUUGUGUAAUUAUGUCCUCUAUAAAUUGUGUUAUUGUCCUUAAUUUUGUUUCUAAUGUCCUGAAUUUGCCUAUCUUCUGUCUGCAUUCUAAUUAUGUCCUCUCUAGAUAUUUGUUUUGGAAUGUCUAAUUUUUCUUCUAUUUCAGGCUGUGUCUGACUAGUUUUAUGUUGUUGUCUUGUUAUUGCACUUAUAUACUCUUUGGUUAAAUUUUUUGAUUCAAUCCAAUUUAAGAAUAGUUCUUGGGAAUUAUCUGGAAUUUCUUUAAUAUUUCCAAUUAUUAACUGACAUACUGGGUUGUCCAUAAGUACUGCCGUUACCUUUCCUGUCAACCAUGGACAGUCUAUGUCCACUACUGCUUUAUAACAUUCAACUUUUGUGUUAUUUGCUAACAUGACUGUGGUUUUUUCAGAUAUAUGGUCUUUAGGAUCAAUCAAUUUUUUGUCAACUACUAUUGUUGUACAACCUGUGUCUCUUAGACACUGAACAAGCUGGUUGUUUACAUAAGAAGGAAAAAAUUGUAAACUUCCUUCACUGUGACAUGCGCUAGCUAAAGUUUCAUGUGGUUUGGUGUUUUGUCUACUGUUAGUCUGAUUGGAAUUAUAUCUUUGAUUUUUAUAUGGUUGUCUACUCCUAUUUGCACUGUUGUAUCUAAUUGGACUACUGUUGGGUGAUGUUCUCUGAUAGUAUUGUUGUGAAUGUCCUAAAUCUCUAUGUAAUUUCCUACACUCAUAUUUUUUGUGACCUGGAAUGCCACAGUAGAAACAUUUGUUGUUGUUUGAAUAAUUAGUAUAUGGUGUCUGGUAAUUGUUUUGAUGACUUUUCUGAAAUUUAUUGUUUUGCCAUCUGGCAGGUAGGCUAUGGUAUCUUCUGUUUUGAUAUGUGUUUUGUUUUUGACUGUCCCUAUCACUGGGUGUGUUUCUAAUAGAGGCUAGUGUGCUGUUUCUAUUGUCUAGCUCUUCAUUGGGGUGAGCAUCUUUAAAUGUUGUGAUUGAGUCAACUAACUCACGCUCAUUUUUAAUCUUUCUCUCUUUAAGGAAUGAAAAUAAAGAGACUGAUGCAUUUCUUAAUAUUUUGUCUAUGAUAAACAUAUCCAGUAAUGCUUUUGGAUCAUUUAGGUCAAUUUCAGUUAAUUCAAGCCAUUUGACAAGAUUGUCUCUAAUAUUGAAUAUGGUGGUGUUAGGAUCUACUUCUCUCUCUAGUCUUAUGUUAUGGAAAUUUUUUCUAUAAAUGUCUUCUGUGUUUCCAUAGAACUUUAACAAAACUUUCUUUAUAUAUGUAUAAUUAUUCUUUUGUUCUUCACUAAGUGAAUUAAUAAUACUUAGGCUUUUCCCUGAUAGUCUGCUCAAUAAAAUAUUAGCCCAAGUCUCUUCUCUAUAAUUAUAAGACUGACAUAUGCCUUCAAAUUGUGACAGAUAACUAAUAAUUUCUUCUUUAUGUUCAUUAAAUUCUCUAAAUUUAGGUUUGUAUGCACUGUUGGUUUCCCUAUUGCUUGUUGAUGUAGUAUGCUGUCCUGAUUCUAUCCUAGCUCUUUCUAGUUUUAGCUCUUCCUCUCUUAUUUUCAUAUCUUGUUCCCUUAAUUUAAGUUCUUCUAUUUCUUUUUGUCCUUUUAAUUUCAUUUCCUCUAUUUGUUUAAGUUCGCUUCUCUCUAACAGUCUAGCUUCUCGGUCUUUGUCUUUGUCUUGUCGGUCUCGUAUUUUGUCCAUUUCUCUAGUUACGAAGUCAGUUAAUUUCUCCUGCUUCAAGCCAAGCUUCUCACCUACUUCUAAUAAUUCCAAGUACUCUGCCAUUUUUUAUGUGUAAUGUGAGUAACUAAAAUUAUAUUGUUAUGUAUCAGUAUAUCAGUUAUCUCCUUAUUCUUUGGUUAUCAAUUAGAAUAGUUUACGAUAUUUCAUAUAUCUACAUGUUAAUGAAUGUAUACACAAAUGCAAGUUGAUACAUGAAUUAUAAGUUAUAAAUAAGUGUAAGAAAAAUUUAAAAUAAUUGAAUUGUCUACUUCACAACAUAAAUACAGAUAUGUAGACGUUUACAUGUAUACAAAUGAGACAACAAAUACAAAAUUACUGUGUAGUUUAUGGACCACAAGAUAGUAGAAAAUAUGACAGUAGGUUGACAAUAUGUAUAACAAUGACAAGACAAGUAGUACAAAUAUGACAAGAUCUACUAAAAAACAACAGUUAUGACAAUGUACAAACUAGACUUCACAGCUAACACAAAAUUAUCCUACAGUGUUAUAAAUAGGGCCAGAAGAAACCUUUACCGUUUUAAUAAAAAAACUUCCCUAGGAAAGAUAACACCGUGGAUGUCGCUACAGUAUCCUCUAAAAUUAAACUUAUAUUAUACAGAAAAAGUAAAAAAUUUUACUUAAUCUAAUUAAGUAUUAUAUAAGUGGAUUUUUAAAGUCUUAAAUUAUAUAUAAUACAUAACACAUAAAUACAUAAAUACCAAGUGUUUAAAAGAAAUCCGUAGUUGGUCACCUCUGCUCCUCUGUGACGCUAUGAUUUCUGUGUAAUCGAUAAUCCUAUGUAGUAGAUGCUCCUUCUAGGUAGUAGAUAAUCCUAUGUGGUAGUGUACUUGGGUAAAAUAAUCCAAUGAGAAAAGUUACACCACAAAUUGCUGCAAUACUCCAAUGUAAGUACCUUGCGUAAUAGUGUAAUUGUGAUAAUCCAAUAAUUGAAAAUUGUCUAAUUUCUCUCCGGUUCUGUUGCACUUGUGAGUAAUUGAAGAAUUACUUGAAGAAUUACUUGACUUGAACUGUGCGGCUUGUAUAAAGUAAAGAUUAUGCUGGGGAAAUCUUACUUCCGCUGUCUUGAUAAAACAUCUCAUCUGUAAUGACAUCAGACUUCUUUUGGUUUUGUGUGGAUCAUCUCUUUCGUUGACUAAUAACUGUAAAAUAGAUUUCUUGCUGUUUCUUCCACGAGAAUAUUCACUCCACUGUUAUAUAAUUGAAACAGUGUACCAGUUAGCUGUUUGAACUCUCAACUUUUGACUCCCGUGACUGACCUAAAUUCAAUCGUUGUCAGCUUGCUCUGUGUGUCGUGGACUCUUCUCAGACUUGACAAAUACUCGGGCGUAAUGACGUUCGAUUCGAAUGUUAAAAUAUAUCAUUGUUACUCAAUGUUCUGUAAUACAUCGUUGUUCUGACACUUCUGACAAUAUUUGUAACGCAUCGUCGUUACACCGCUUCUGACACCAUUUGUAACACACUUCUACUCUGACAUGGCGUGGGAUGUUAUUUCUUAUGCUGUGGGUUAUGUCAGUAGUAUGGUUACUUAUAUUAACGCUUCAGGAUGCCGACUCAGUCUUCUUCAUUCUUUCACUUAUUAUUCAGGCACGUAAAGAAGAAUACUCAAUUCUAGUUAAAACUCACAGUACUUUAUUGAACACACUUUAUAUUGAUAAUAUUAAUAAAUAAUCCUUGCAUGAAUGUAAUUUCACAUAUAUAUCUAUAGUAUUCCAUCAUUAAGAAAAACACGUCCUCAUACUUCUACAACUCAGCUCAACUGUCUAAUCUCACAGCUCUCACGCUACUGACUCUCUUGCUCUGCGCUCAGCUCUCUACUAUCUCAGUCAACUCAUACUUUAUUACCAGCAAAGCGUGGAAAACAACCGCUCUGACAAAAACAUAAUUUUACUCUCCAAAAACGUGGAGUUCACAUUUGCAUCUCAAAAUACAUGGUCAACACAAUUCACUGUUCACUCAUGCUACCUCUCUGUUUUCAUGUGAAAACAUUGUCCGUUACAGGUGUAACUUUGCUUCUGUAUAAAUGUGGCUGUGACUUAAAAAUUCCAGUGAGCCAAUAGACAGCUGUGAUUGCUAUAGUAACAGCAAAACUCAUGAACACAAUAAACCUCCUGCUUUCUCUCCAUUUCAUCUCCCUCAAAACAGCAAAAAUUAAAUUUAAUUAAUACAUUUUAAUACUUAAUAUUAAAUGUAAAUAAUAAAAGUAUAAAUACAUAUUAUGAAAUAUCCUGACAAUCUAAGGCUUUACUGUGUGUGUGUGUGUAUAUACAUGUAGAUGAAAAUAUAAAAUCUUUCUAUCCGUGUGUGUUAGUAUUAUGUGUCUUUGUUGAAGCAUUUAGAAUAAUUAACCAUCAGUAUCUCCCUGAAAAUUUGCUUGUUUAAAUUGUGUGCCUUACAAUUUCCUUAUUACCCUUUGCAAAAAUAUCACAGGCAUUUUAAAUGUAACUUGUGAAUUUGAGUGGUACCGAACAAUGCAAGAGAGGUUCAGGGUAAAGUUAAUAGUAGAAAAACCAUCUUGAAUAAUUAAUGCUACACCAUUUGAUGAAGUUUUAAAGUUUAAAAAAAAUGAUAGAUAAAGAAAUGUGGCAAUUAUAUUAACUGUCAUAAUUUUAAAAAAAGAUAAAAAUGUCCAUGUUUAAUUCUUUGUCUUUCUUUCCUAAAUAAAAUUAUAAUUGUUUCCAUUUUAUUAUAUGCAUCUGUUUAUAUUCCAAAUGAUGAGCAUAUUGUUUAUGAUAGAAAAAUCAUCAUUUAAUUUUAGGGACAAAACAGUAUCAGUUUCUUACAUGUCAAAUUUUAAAAUUAGACUGAAGCACAGUAUAUUUUGCCAGGAGCUGGUUAAAUUUGCUUCCUCAAGCUCCAAAACAUUUUAAUAUUAAAUUUUUGUUUAAUUCUAUAAUUUAUACUUUAAAAAAAAAAAAAAAUUAUAUAAAAAACAAAUUGCCCCACUAUGCUACCAGCCAUGUUGCCCCACUCUUCUACCUAAAACACAUUUCUUAAAAUACUUAGCACCCCCUCAACCACCCCUCCCACCUUUUUAAUUUUUCAGUAGCUCAAAAGUGGAGCUGACAAAAAUUUGUCAGGAGCGGAACUCUGACAUUAAAGGCAUGCUCCUGGUAUCAACUGAGCAACAAAUUUUUGUUGAAAGAAAUGCUAUAGGAUUUUUCUCUUGAAUAUCCUUAAAAAAGUUUCAAUACAGUACAGUAACUAGCAUCAACAUAGUUUUAUUGACAUCUAUUUUGAUUUUGUUACACCUCAGCAUAUUCAUACUUAACCUUCUUUUAGCAGGUCUGAUAGUUUGUCAGUGGGGAGCAGCGAGGAUGAACCAGAUGACACCGAACCUAUGGACCAUGAUUACAAUCUACCGCAAGUAAAGAUUAAAAAAUUCAUCAACCGUGGGAAGUGGUCUAAAGAGGAGGUACAAACAAUUACUACAUUAGAGCCUUUUUGAAAGCGAGUUGAACAAAUUAAACCUAGAUAAAUCUAUUUUAUCAUACUUUUGAUCAAAUAGCAGUUUGAAUCAUUGUUUUUUUUUCUUUCUUUUUUUUCACAGAUAAAUGUUCUUUUGUAUUAUUAUUUUUUUUUUUUUUUUUUUUUUUUUUUUUUUUUUUUUUUUUUUUUUUUUUUUUUUUUUUAUUUUUUUUUUUUUUUUUUUUUUUUUUUUUUUUUUUUUUUUUAAUUUUUUUUUUGUUGUUGUUUUCUUUUUUUUUACUGUAACUUUUAACAUAAAAAUUGUUGAAUCCUUGCUGCUAAUUUUUCAGGACGAAAAAUUGAGGAAAAUCGUUGAGGCAAAAGGUUUUCAUGAUUGGAAAGUUGUUUGCAGUUUCUUUGUGGAUCGCACAGAUAUUCAAUGUCAACAUCGCUGGCAUAAAGUGCUGAAUCCUGACCUUAUCAAGGGGCCGUGGACCAGAGAGGUAAAAAGACUAAGUAUUUGCUAAAAAUUUGUGAAUAAUUUUAAAAAAGAGGAUAAAGAAAGAUGUUAGUUCUUCUGUAUUUUAUUACAAAGGGCUUCUUUUACAAUACCUUAAUUAAUUUCUCAAAGUUUUGAUGUCAAUAUAUGGUAGUUUAAGAUAUCUAACAUAAAAUUCAAACUAUCAAAGACGUUUAAAAUAUCUGUAUUGUUAAAAUAUAUGAAAUAUUUACUGUUUCAGUAUAGCUUUGAUAUGGUUAUGGAAAAGUUUAAUUCAUUUCUUUAAAAAUAUUUUCCUUAACCAAAAAUAGAAAAUAAAAAUCCAUUUUAAUAAGUCAGAAUUCAAUUAUCUUUAUCAUUAUUUUUUUGCACUGUCUUUGAUUUAAUAAUAUAUUUACUAAAGUAAGUAGUAUGCAUUGCUUAUUUUAUUACGUGUAUAAUAAACUUAAACAUAAUAUAAUUAAGUGAUAAAGAUAUUUAAUUUAAGAAAUUAAACAGUGAUCUUGAGAGGAAAAUAUUAAAAUAACAAUGCUCAUAACUAUUGGCUGAUAACUUUCUCCUAUUUAUUUUACUUCUCACGUUUGAUUAUACAAAAAAAAAACAUAUUUCAUCAAAUGUGCGUUAAUUACCCAAAAUUAGUUAACACUAGUUUAGCUCAAGAAAAGUUUAAUAAAUAUGCUGUAUACAAUAUUUUGUUCUUUUUUUCAUUUUUCAAUCCAAACCAUUAUUAAGUAUUCAUUGAUCUGCUUCCUAGCAAUUAAAAAUGUUGCCUGACAAAAAUUAAUUGUCCUUAAAAUUUUCAGGAAGAUAAUCGUGUCAUUCAAUUAGUAAAUGAGUAUGGUCCAAAGCGUUGGACUUUAAUCUCAAAACAUUUAAAAGGACGAACUGGGAAGCAGUGUAGGGAGAGGCAAGUUAUUUUUAUAUACUAA